AUGGCAUGUGAAUCACUACGUGUUGAACAAGUGGAUGCAAAUAUUCUGGAUCGCGAGUAUCGGCAGCUCAUAUCUCAGCAAUUCGAGAAGCUGAUCGUUGAACUUCCGAUCUCGAUUGCACGUCUCUGUGAUCUAGUAAGACCUGAAAUAUGUGUGCUACUUAAUGCUGUACUGUGGACAACAAGGGUUUCCAGAGGAGCGUCGCCUGGUCAAAUGGAAGUGGGCAUCUCGUAUAAGGAUUACUCCCAUAAAAAAAUACACUUACACUUCCUGCUUUCUGUGCUUGUCCCGUAUUUCACGGAAAGAAUCUGGUCCUUGUUCAGUCAUCCUCUUCCUACAAGGAUUUUCUCGAAGGUUUCUGCCAUAUUAAAAACAAUUUGUAUUCUUCAUUAUCUAAACUUCCUCUGUGUUGGUGGUCACAGUACGGUCGUCGAGUCUCUUCUAGGUUUACGGAACUGGAAUGCCAGGAAUCCGACUAUUGGUGCAGUGAACUACGAAUCGCAGAACAGGGAGCUAUUGUGGCACACGUUUCGUGACGCAUUGUUGCUAGUCUGGCCGGUCUACGUAGCGGUUUCCGCUAAACUGGCCGGUCCGAGACGGGCAGAAGCGGAAGCGGGCGGGGUGGCGUUGCGCUGCGGUCACUGCGGUGGUAUUGCAGUGACACCAGUGCGUUCCACCAGGUGUGGCCACGUCGCCUGUUACUGGUGUGUCACAUCACGAGCGCCUACAGACUUGACAAAAUGUGUUGUAUGUGGAGGGGAAGAAAAUCAAAUCGUGCCAGUGAAAGGCACGCUGCUUUUGAGUGGACAAGUUGGAAAUGUGCAAGAUGAGCGAUGA